AUGUCUCAAUUGGAUGACAGCUGUGGAUGUCUCUCAAAACGGAUUAUAUUUCUUCCACUUCUACCGCCUUUACCUCCACUACCUCCAUUACCAUCUCUACAGCCGCCUGGUGUCGUCGUUGGCUGUCCUUCUUAUAAAAGACAUUCAAAAGACGAUGGUGAUAACUAGCCGCGGCUGUACACUGCCUUUCCCGGAUCAAGAUACCUUGAACCUGUUACAUUUAAAGAUUAAACUCAGUAAAUGUUACUUUUAAACAUUAGCAUUCUUCAGUAGACCCUGUCUAUUAAUC